UCAGCGCACGCGCACGGGCUCUCACCCGAACUUUCUGAAUCUAAUUCUGACAAUGGCGGAGCUAGGGGAGGCGGACGAAGCGGAGUUACAGCGCCUGGUGGCCGCUGAACAGCAGAAGGCGCAGUUCACUGCACAGGUUCAUCACUUCAUGGAGCUAUGUUGGGAUAAAUGUGUGGAGAAGCCAGGGAAUCGCCUAGACUCUCGAACUGAAAAUUGUCUCUCUAGCUGUGUGGACCGCUUCAUUGACACUACUCUUGCCAUCACCAGUCGGUUUGCCCAGAUUGUACAGAAAGGAGGGCAGUAGGUCAUCCCCUGAGAAAAUGACAGGCAGCAAAGGACUUGUUCUUAAGCAGAUUGAAGUAUAGGUGGGGGAAGAGUUGUCAACCCAUUGUCAAGUCAGUAUCAGGCUGUUACCAAGUUUGUUGGUGCUAAAAAGUAACAGAUCAAAUAUUCAAAAAGUGAAAUUUUAUUUAUUUGGAAUUCAGAAAUUCCAGGUUGUUAUCAUACCAGUUAUUCAAUAAACAUGAAUUCUCCAA